UUCAACCUAUAAAAACCUAUUCUCUUCAGUAUUUUUUCAACAAUAGAGAAUUGAAUGGAAAGUAUUUAGGUUUUAUUCACAACAAAAUGAACUUAAUACUUGAGAAUGUUUGUCUAUUUUUAACAAUUUUCCUGUUAGGAGGAAAAUAUCAAUUCACAUUGGCUCAAAAUAGGAUAGUAGGAGGAAGCGAAGCGCCAAGUAUUAAGAAAUUUCCUUACAUGUUAUACAUGCAAACAGGAAGAAAAUCUACCAAUUUAGCCGGUCCCUGUGGUGCUUCAAUUAUUAGCAAAGACUGGGGAUUGACAGCUGCACAUUGCUUUGAUAAUCCAGAUUUGGAUGAGAACAAAAUAUUUAUAAUUGGUGGGACUGCCGAUAUAAGUAAUUCAGAAUUGACUGGAAUUAUGCAACAAGUGUCGAAAGUGAUUCGUCACGAAUUGUAUAAAGGAGUAGGAGCUCCUGGUAUAAAUAUUACAGCCGAUAUUGCUCUUAUUAAAUUCACUACACCAUUAACGUUCACUGAAGGUGUUAAGCCAGUUAAGUUGCCGAACAAGUGGCCAAGUCCAAAAACCAGUUUUGGUACAGUUUCAGGCUGGGGAAAUAUUAAACCAGGUGGACCAAGUUCUAAUAAAUUAUUAUACGUCAAAUUGCCAAAAGCGAAUAGGGAGAAAUGCAGCAAGGAAUUACUUGCUAGAACCAAAAUAAUUUUAAAACCAGGAGAAAUGUGUUAUGGCUAUUUUAAUGCCACAACAGUUCAUGAUAAAUGUCAAGGUGAUUCCGGUGGUCCUCUUGUUAAUGAUGAUGGAGUGCAACUUGGAAUUGUUUCUUGGGGUAUCUAUUGUGGAACAUCAGGAAUUCCCGGUGUUUACACUGAUGUUGCAUAUUUCCGCGAUUGGAUAAAACAAAAAACAGGAUUAUAAAUUUCAAACAUUUUGUAUUUCUAUUUUAUACCCAUACAGUACAAGAUUUUCCCUGUGUAAUCUUCUUAAUCUUUCUUCGAAAGUAUAAACACAGCAUCCAAGAAGCUGAAAAUGUCCGCCUAAAGGGAAGACUUCAUUGGAAUCUGAAAGGAUGUUUCCACCUGAAACCCAAGGAAAACUUACAGUCGAAUGUUCAUUUUAUUAAUAUUAUGGAAUAAUGAAAAUUUAUUCUUUAUUCCAUAACAAAUACUAACAAUGGUUAAAACUUAGAAAAACACUUUAAAAAAUCUUAAAAUUUUUAUAAUGUACCUUCAACUGGACGAGUCUGGAAAGCUUCCCUCAAUCUUUAGAUGGAACCUUUCUUCAGAUUCCAGUGAAAACUUAUCAUGCGGUGAACAUUUUAAGUUUAAAGAAAAGCUUUCCUUAAACUUUCAUAGAAAGAUUUAAAAGAUUCUCGGAAGCUUACAGGAAUAUCUAUGUGGGUUAUAAUGACAAUUAAAAUUCUAAUGGAGAAAAAGAAAAUAGAUUGAUUGACUUUAAAAAAAACAAAAAAGAGGAAAACUAGAUCCUUAGGCGCAUUAUUUCUCUAUAGGUAUUAUCUUCUGUUUUUCGCAGAUUGUGUUUAUAAAAUUACCUAAUAAAAAAGAAAGAUAAUUACUAUAGAGACACUUGAUUCAAAAAGCACAAAUUAUUUAAACAUCGCUUGCAAAUGAACCUAAUGAGGAUUGCUCACAAUCUUUUCUUAUGAAAACAGUAUUUUCCUACUGAUUUUUAUAUUCUUUUUAAUUAUCUAUCCCUAUAAUAUAAAAUCAUUUCGCCGCCGCCGCCGCUGAUUCAGAAAUUUCUAAAGGCCCCUUAUAGUAGAAAGAACAUAGUCAAGGUUGGCCCACUGUCAAGGUAGGUCCAUCGUCAGAAACAAGUUACAUUUGACCUAA